AUGGCUGGAAGAAGUGCUGCUGUUGGACUAGAUCUUAAUGAACCAUUCAUGGAAGAUGAUUCAAUGCUUGAUGAUUUGGAUGAACAACCAUGCAGCAGCAGUAAACCAACAAUCAGAGCAGAAGGAUCGAAAAAUUCAGAGCAAAGCAAUACCGCAGCAAAUGCAAAUACAGAGCAAUGCAAAACAGGAGCCAAUUCAAAUCCAGAACAUAGCAAGCAUGUAAAUCCAGAGCAGAGCAACAUAGGUGCUUCUGCUGACACGGAAGCUACAACCGGUCACACACUGUCAAGUGAUGAUUCAGCAGGUGAUGAUGAUGAAGAAGUUCAGUCGACACCGUGCAGUCAAACUGAAAUCCAAACACCUUUCCCAGGGAUGAAAUUUGAUACAUGGGAGGAGGCAAAGAUGCACUACAACAAAUACGCCCAUAAGAUUGGAUUUUCCAUCAAAUGUAGUACAUCGAAGAACUCGACUCUUGAUGGCCAGAAGGACAAGCAAUUGUUUGUUUGUAACAAGAGUGGGAAAAAUGAGGACAUUAAUCAGCUAGAAGCUCCACCGGUUCGGCAGAGGAACCGUACCAUCACUAAGAAAACUGAUUGCAAGGCUAGGUUGAGAGUAAAGAGGAAAGGGCAGAAGUGGCAUGUGACAUACUUCAUAGAAGAGCAUAAUCACAAAUUGGUUCAGAAGUUCUCCCUGAAAAAGUACUUGAGGUCUCAUAAAGGGAUUCCCAAGGAAGAGAAGGAUUUUGUUAGGAUGUUGCACAAGGUAAACCUGUCAGCUGGUAGGAUUAUGAGGAUAAUGGGAGAAGUGUAUGGCGGGCUAGCUAAUGUACCGUAUGACAGCAAAUAUGUGAGCAACUUCAUGGCUACCAUUGAUGAAGAACAUAGGCACAAGGACAUGUCAAUUUUGCUUGCUCAUUUUGCGAAAAUGAAGAAGGAAGAUCCAGACUUCUACUUCAAUCUACAUACAGACCAUGCUGACAAGGUUGACCGCAUCUUCUGGGUUGAUGGUGCUGCAAUAGCGGCUUACAAAAACUACAGUGACUGCCUCUCAUUUGACAGUACCUACAUGACAAAUGAGUACAACAUGUCGUUUGCUCCUUUCAUAGGUAUCAACCGGUACGGCCAAACUAUACAGCUAGGCUGUGGUUUUCUAAAGAAUGAAAACGUGGAAAGUUUUGUUUGGUUGUUUGAGGAAUUUCUUGAAGCUAUGGGUGGACUACAACCAGAUAAUUUCAUAACCGACCAAGAUGCUGCUAUGAGAACUGCAAUUCUUCAAUGUUUUCCAGAUUGCACACACAGAAACUGUAGGUGGCACAUCAUGCAAAAUGCACAGGCUGUGUUGGGUAAUUUCUUGUCUAAACAUGAGGACCUAAGGCAGGAACUGAAUGAAGUAAUAGACUACAGCAUGUCAAUUGAAGAGUUUGAAAUGAGGUGGGCAGAGAUGAUUAUGAAACACAAUGUAUCUGACAACACUCAUCUGAGUGAUCUAUAUCAUCUUAGAGCCACAUUUGUCCCAGCAUAUUUCAAGGAACGCUUCUUCCCUUUCCUACAAACUACUGCUAGGAGUGAGGGGUUCAAUGCAGUGUUGAAAAGAUAUAUUAGCCCACACAACAGACUCUACACAAUUUUUUUCGAACAGUACUUGAAGUUGCAAGAGAAAAUUGAUGUUGCAGAGGAUUCAGUUGAAUUUAAGGAUGAAGACAAGAUUUUCAGGCUAUGGGGUGAUUAUCCAUUAGAACAACAAGCUUUGGAUGUGUAUACGCACCCCAUCUACCUGCGUUUCCGAGCAGAACUGCGGAAAGUUACGUCCUACAAUGUCCAGCAUGUUGAUGGCCAAAAUUAUGAUGUUAUGCCAAUUAAACCUUAUGUUUACGGAUAUGGUAAGAACAGAUAUAGGGUUGAGGCUAACAUGGAGACUGAAACUUACAACUGCGAGUGUUGCAAGUUUAACAGAGAUGGUUUGCUAUGUUGCCAUAUUUUUAGAGUUAUGAUACAGUUGGGUGCUACUGAGUAUAUUCCAGAAAAAUACAUACUGCGAAGGUGGAGAAUGCUUGAAGAUACAAUAGUUGAGGAGAAGAUGGAAUUGCCAAAAGUCCCAUCAGAAAGGAAGCCAACUAACAAAGAGAGGCAGCUUAUACGUUAUGGUACUCUGUGUAAUGAGUACACUAGAGUCGCUAAAAUAGCAUCAACUUCUGAUAAAGGGAAGGUAGUAGCAGACAAAUACAUGCUAGCUUUGGAGAAAGACUUGUUAGCAAUGAAAGCUGCAGAGUCUGCAAAGCGGAAAAAUAAAAAGAAAGGUAAUGCAACUCAAGAUGAGGCACCAGAUGUAGGCAAUGUUGGUCAUUCUGGGCAAGGUAGCUCUACAAAAUUUGAUCAUGUUGAAGAUCCUGAGUAUGUUUCAAAACAAGGUCGACCAGCAGAAAAAAGGAAACAAUCAGGGUUGCAUUUGAAGGCUUCUAAACCUGUGAAGUGCAGUCUCUGCGGGUCUAAUCAGCACACUGCAGCUUCAUGCAAAAACAAGAUAACCCCAGUACCGGAGCAAACAGAAAUAGACUUCUUCCGUAACAUGGUCUAG